AUGGCCGCAUCCCGUGGUGGACAGCCCUCGCUGUCGGUCCACCUACCGCAGCCCUCCUCGUCCUCUUCCAUCCCAGAUGUCCCGCCUAUCUCGGCCCUGUUCCUGAUAGACUUUGACGUUAAGGCUGGAUACACUAUUGUCUGGAAGCAGGCUGUUCCCGGUCUGGCGCUUGACGGCGCUGUCGAGUACAAGAGCUUGCCAUCUGGCCUGCACAGCGUUUCCAAUGACCUUAUCUAUUUUGUCCACGAAGGUACCCAUGCCGGUCUUAGUGCCUUCAUCAACAAGCCUACCGAUGAAGAAGAAUCUCGCCAUGCCAGGAUGAUUGCGGUUGGCGUCCUGGUGCCGCUCAGUUUUGGUCGACUGGGGCGUGCCUGGCGCCAUGCCGAGAACUUGAAGGAGAUGGCAGAGAAGCUGGCUACCGACAAGACACAGACCCAGAUCCUCCAGGAGUACUGGGAGAAGCACUGCGUGCGCGAGUCGUCUGCUUCAGAGGCCCCGAAGGACACUCCCCUGGAGUCUCCUCUGUUGACCGUCCCUGGUCCCAGCCGCUCUACACCGGGCAGAGGACACUCUAGGAACCGGUCUGCCUCGGACGGCGCUGCCCUAAUCCCUGCGGAGCAGCGGCUGUCUCCAUACCAUCCGGCCUUGAGCCUUACUAAGUUGCUGGAUACGUUUGGUCCUCUGAUCUUUCCCAUUCACCGUGCUGCGUUGCUGCGCAAACGCAUUCUGAUCUCAUGUCAUGCCCCCGUGCAUGAGAUUUGCAACUUCGUGUAUGAUAUCUCCGUCAUAGCCAACAUCCCGGUGCCUGUCUGUGACAUAAUAGACCCUUCUGCCCCAGUCGAGCGUCUGCGGCCCCUGUUCACCAUCGGUAUCCAUGAUAUCGGAACUCUGAUAGAACAACGAGCUCCCCUCAAGCGAGGCAGCCAAGGAGACAAUCAGGAUGAUACCGCCCAAGUCGACAGCAGUCAGGGAUGGAUCGCUUGCACCACAGACAGCAUCCUCGCCAUGAAGGAAGGUCUCUGGGAUAUGCUAAUUACUAUGCCCCCGCCGCAUACGGUCAAUGCUAGGCAGCGCAUCUGGCCGCAGGUGGAAUGCCCGAAGGGCGUACCCGUUAAGGCCACUCAGCGUGACCUGCGUCGCUUCCAGUCCCUUACCAAAGGGCUCGCGCGCAUCGAAGCAGCGAUGCGUCAGUCCGGCGAAGCGGCUCCAGAGACCCCGGGCAUCCUCCCGUCCCGUACCAGCGUCGAGACCGCCCGCCCGUACGAGUUCCUGCCACCAGGCGUGGAAGAGAUGGAUAAGAUCGUCGAACCCAUAACCUGGGCCGCGAUCGCCUACAACGGCUUCCUGUGGUGGGCUUCUGCCGGCGAGAGGCGUCGCGCUGGGGAGCUCGAGGAGCAACACCAGGAUGCUGCUCUGUUGGCUGACCUAGGCGGCCCCAUGCGCCCGCGGCCGCGUUCAAGACCGAGCAGCAGUGGUCCCGACAACCAGGGUCAAACCCAGAUGGCCGACUCUCUCGCUUCGCUCACGCAAACAAGCGUCCAUACCGACGACGACUCAGCUGCGCAAGCGCAAGCGCAUCUCGAGCUCGCUGUGGUAGCAUACUUCCAUCGCCUCACCACCACUUUUAUAUCCGUCCUGGCAGACAUCAUUGACUCGACCGACGAUGACGACCUGAUGGGCCUGGAUCCGGACGAUCUGGACGUGCUGGAGCCAGCCGCCCUCGCAGCCACAGGCACAAGCGACGACCAGACUGGCGAGGAAGAGCGACGCUUGCUGGGCAGCGGCAACAGUAGGGGUUGGGUACGUGUGGACGGCGAUGCGCUGAGCGCCAUGGGCUUGGAUGUGUGGAGUAAGGCGGAUGCCGCUUUUGUGAAGGAGCUGACGACGAGAUAUUUCUCGCGGAGGGCACAUGUGCAGAAUAGGGGGUUUGAAAUUUGCGGUGUGAGGGUUUGCUAA